AUGGCAGCUGCGGCGGCGCAGGGAGAGCCGACCGCGAUCGCCAGCAGGCUUAGAAGGCUUUGCAAGACCGUUGUGGCCGCUGCCUGCCUGGCAGUGGCCUGUUUACUGCAGGGCUGCGAGGACAUCUACCGAGACACAUGUGUCUGGCACAGUGACCUCAACAUCAAGGGCUGCAGCUACUACGGAUACCGUGGGUGUGUCCAACACUGCCACUACUGCAUCACCCCGAGCGGGCCGGAUGAGUGCGCGCAGUUGAAGUGCGCCUCCUUCUGUGCCGCUCGUGAGGGCGCAGACUGCAUGAGGAACUAUGCGGCUUUGUGCAACAUUGCGCUGGAGGAGGGGUUUAAGGCCAACACCUCGACCGGCUCCACGUACUACACCUGCGACGUGCAGUGUAGCAGUGCUAGGGCGGCCACUGUGGCUUUGCCACUGGCCCUGACCCUCGCUGCCAGCUCGGGGAUGCCGAAGCGACUCUUACUCCUUGGAGGAGUCUUGGCUUGGAUGACGUCUCUCCAGGGCUGCGGCUGCCAACCGCCACAGCCGCAGCUGUCCUGGCGACCGGAAGCUUCCGUUUUUGACGAGAGGACCGGCCGCGUCGUGGAUGGUAUCUGGCGUGGCAACCCGUCCUGGGUCUGGUGGCCCGACUUGGAGUCCGAGGACUACCAAUGCGUGGACAUGCACCCGACCACCGAUGUCUGUGUAUCCUGGACCAGCCACGAGUGGAACUGUGGCGAGCAUGAUUUUGGCAUGUGUAAAUGCUUUCAACUGUCGGCGAAUAACCGUUACUGCGAAAAGUGGAGCUGCCACAGCCUGGAAGCCGAUCAGCACAUCUGUCGCCACACCGAGGGGGACGAUUCUGGCGAGGAGUGCUGGUACGACCCUUUCCCGAUGACCUACGAUGUCUACAACCAGCUCAUGGUGCAGCAGUCCCAGGGAUCGCUCACGACUGGUGAGAAUGCCUUCGACAAUUGGUGGCGGCCCGCGAGCUUGUGGAACGGAGACAUCGGGCGACGGCUCGAAGAGGAGCUCAGGAACGAAGAGGAUGUCUUGCAGGAUUACGUCAGUUACUUACGCCAGCACAACGCCAGCGAGAUGGCGCGGCUGGAGAAGCUUGGCGUGACGACGGAGCCACGGAGACUGGCAGGCACAGUCAACUGGCCUCCUGUCUUCGCGUACAGUCCAGCAGCGCGACAUAUCUACUUCCGGUGGGGCGAUGUCUGCGUCGUCAAUGGCGACAAUGCCAUGUUGGCCAAGAGGAGCCGCCUGGGGGCGGUCGUCAAAGAACAGAAGCUGAUACAACACUGA